AAAAUAUGAACACGAUUUCCGACGGAGAGACAAAUGUGAGCUUUGAACAGAAAACUGAACGCGCUUCAAGCGACGACAGUCUCGAUCUCAACACCAAGUCAAACGUGACGGGAUCGGACAGCAUCAGUUCUGAUGCCGAGUCCACCGGCUCCUGGAAGUCCGCCACCAAACUCCAGAGAACGAAGCCUAUAAUCAUUGACAUCAGAUCGCCACAGCUGAGGCGACCCGUGGUCACGAAAAAGAAGACAUUGAUCGAAAGCUGUGAGGCCAAUCUAAGGAACGCGCCAAGCACGGCCACUCCAGCAUCUCCCGUGGUCAUUGAUGGGUAUGUUGAUCCAGGACAAUUCACAAAAAAUGAGAGACGUGAGAGGACUAACGGCUCGGAAUCCUCAGCAAAUGAAAGUGCACCGGAUAUUGCGGCACAGGAAAUAGACGGGGGUGGUGCUAAAGUUAAGGAAGCAUGUAAACUAACAGCCCAUGACGAUAUUACAUCGAACCAACAUAAUGUCGUCCCCAUAAAAAUUGCAGAAGAAAAUCUUUCGCCUAAUUCAGAACUCAGUGGUUCCGUUGUGGAAAAAGCAAAACUUUCCCGGACUAAGGACGUCGAGUCUGUCCACAGGCAACAGGAAACUAGCUCAGGGAAUAGGAGAAAGGCCAUGUUUUUCACACCUGUAGAUGCACGGGAAAAAACUCCCGAAGUCGGCGAUAACUUCAACAGCCAGACAAAGGUGGACGAUGCAGGCCAAGAGAAUGCCGAGACCAAGUCUUACAAGCCCGUGGCCUUGCCGCGACGCAAGAACCCACCUCAAGCCAAAGACGACGGACAGGUCAUUAAAACAGAAUUGCACAAAUCGAUAUCAGACAGCGAUGCCGGCUACCGCUCUGCGGCGGUGAGAGACACGACCAGAUCCAACACGCUGCCGUCCAGAGGCAACAGCUUGAUACCAGUGGUGAUCGUUGACGAUGAAACGGACGACACGGCCUCAAGUGAUGACGACGACCAGGAGGAUCACAACGAACUUCCGGCCGCGGUGAGCCCCAGCAAGAUGAGAAAUAAAAACUUGGACGCCAGCGACGACAGCGACUACGACAACCCAUGGGACAACCUGGACGACGCCGUCAAGAGGGCGUCGAUCCGCUACAACCGGCGCCCCAGCCGGCUCGCCGCAGGAACCAAGACCCUGUUGCUCAAGUCCGCAGAAGACCUCGGCAGACUUUUGGAAGAGGCGGAGAAAAAGCGGCGCCUCCGGUCGGACGGAAGUCACGGUGAGAUGCUCUCCCCCGAGGAAGACGAUGCCGAAACACCGAUAAUUCCGUUCACGAGGUUUUCCCCUUACAGGCACACGGUCAAAGGAAUAGUGUCUGAAACCAAUAUGGCGGCAUCCCAAUCGACAGAAGACAUACUGAAGAACUCAAGACAGGACUACACCAGGCUGAGCCUGCUGAGGAAGGAGGCCGCCAAGGAAACUUUAAAUAAAGGAGCCGAGCCUCGCCGACCGCAGUCGAUGACGUCAAAAUUAAAAACUAUAAUCUCGAGCCCCGAAACGAAACAUCGCAAAAACUAGACAACACAUUUUGGAGACGAGAGUUAUUGAGUUUUAUUUCAAUGAAGAGAGAACAUUCAAUAUUGAGGAAAGCAUUCAAUAAUAUAAAUAGCAUUCAAACAAAAUUAUAGAUAUUAUUCAGUGUUACAGACAUCAUUCAAUAUUACAGACAUCAUUCAAUAUUACAGACAUCAUUCAAUAUUACAGACAUCAUUCAAUAUUACAUACAUCAUUCGAUAUUACAUACAUCAUUCAUUGCUACAGACAUCAUUCAGUAUUACAGACAUCAUUCAUUAUUACAGAUAUCAUUCAAUAUUACAGACAUCAUUCAGUGCUACAGACAUCAUUCAAUAUUACAGACAUCAUUCAGUGCUACAUAAAUCAUUUAAUAUUACAGACAUCAUUCAAUAUUGCAGACAUCAUUCAGUGUUACAGACAUGAUUCAAUAUUACAGACAUCAUUCAAUAUUGCAGACAUCAUUCAAUAUUACAGACAUCAUUCAAUGUUACAGACAUCAUUCAAUGUUACAGACAUCAUUCAAUUUUGCAGACAUCAUUCUGUGCUACAGACAUCAUUCAGUAUUACAGACAUCAUUCAAUGUUACAGACAUCAUUCAUUGUUACAGACAUCAUUCAGUAUUACAGACAUCAUUCAAUGUUACAUACAUCAUUCCGUAUUGCAGACAUCAUUCAAUAUUACAGACAUCAUUCAUUAUUGCAGACAUCAUUCAGUAUUACAGACAUCAUUAAAUGUUACAGACAUCAUUCAAUGUAAUAGACAUCAUUCAGUAUUACAGACAUCAUUCAAUGUUACAGAUAUCUUUCACUGUUACAGACAUCAUUCAAAGUUACAGAAAUCAUUCAAUGUUAAAGACAUCAUUUAAUUUUAAGCAGAAAACAUUUAAAGCCCGAUUAUUUCACCCCCCCCCCCCCCAAAAGGGAAGCAAUUGGGAGAAAACAAGAACAGCUUUGUUUACUUAUCUCCCAUGAAUAUUACACUGCCCAACAUAUCUCGUGUUUGGGUCAACCGAUGGGCACACUUUAUUGAAUGUAUGAGUGAACACAAAGAUGGCAUGAUGGCCACGUACAGUACUGUAAACAUUACAUUGUGAUGGCAAUGUACAGUACUGUAAACAUUACAUUGUGAUGGCCAUGUACAGUACUGUAAACAUUACAAUGUGAUGGACAUGUACAGUACUGUAAACAUUACAAUGUUAUGGGCAUGUACAGUACUGUAAACAUUACAAUGUGAUGGCCAUGUACAGUACUGUAAACA